GCUGUUAUCUAGUGGGCGUGGCGUGGCAUGACGUAGUGUUGUGUUCCAGCUUGUGGGCGUGGUAGCUGCUUGGGAUCUUCACGCAUCACGACAUUGUACUCUGUGAUUAUCGUUUCUGUAUAUGACAGUGCGCUGUAGAGCUUGAACACCGCCUGAUAAAAUGCUUGCAAUGGAUAAUGGUUGAAAGGUGUAAAUUGAGACAGUGUGUAUAUGUAUGAGUUAUAAUAUACAGGCCCAUGGGAAGACCCGUGUUGUUGAGUUGGGACAUAGCGCCUGGGAAAAGCUGACAUAGUUAGAAAGAGAGAAUAUGCCGAUUACUAUUAAGAUAGAGGAGGAGUGCUUUCAAGCCCAUGCUUCUCAGGCUGCUGGAAACGCACAAUGGACCGUGUACAGGAUCACGAACGAUAACAGAAUUGUAAUGGAGUCUCAAAAAGCAAGAUGUUUUUCUGUGGAGGAUACGAUUGGCAUGGCUGGGGACAGUAUCAACGCUAAAGUGAAGUCACUGUGGCACCAGCUGGUUCAUAGCUUACCAGACGAGGAUGGACGCUACGUUAUGUUCGACUAUGUCAAACUUCAGAAGGAUGCCACGUGGUCCAGAGCAUGCUCCUUCGUAUUUUGGUUGCCGAAGGAAGCCAAUCCAGAAUCAAAAAGUAUAUAUACUGCCGGCAAGGACACCUUUAAAGCAGCCCUGAAUACAUCUUGACAUUGUGCAAGCCUGGGACAUCAGUUAAAUAGGAUCACCAAUUCUUUUUAAAAGGAUGAUGUUUCUUCAUCAGUAUUGUGGCGUUACAUCGCCCGGGUGAUCUCGUGCGAAUGGUAUUUGUAAUAAAUCACCUGUUCCCGAAAAUGCUGGAAAAAAGUGUUGUCGUCAAGUUUUGCAAAACAACUAAAAUCGUCCACUGGACAUGCUCGAUGUUCUGCAAUAUAACAUGUUUUGGUCAAACAAA